UAACCAAGAGGAACUCGGAAGCAACAAAACAGACUGAAUGUCAAAGCGUCGCAUGGUGGCAUGUUUGGUUAGAUAACCCUUGAAAUAAACAUGUCGGGACACAGUUUAUUCAGAAUAUUCUCGUUAACGAAAUGCCUCACAGCCAACACUAACACGAUGCUUUGCAGGAGCGACAUUUUACUGAGAACUCCGGCCUGCGGUUACGCCAAGAAAGUUAUGGCCAAAGGGAAAGGUAAAGGCAUGGUUAAGGAGGAGUUUAAAGGGCCAGAGGUGUGUAAGGACCCUGUGAGGCUCACAAGCCACGCUGUGGGGCUCAACACCCUCAAGCAAGGAGAAGACCCCAAACUGAAGCCUGCUGAGGAAUACCCACAGUGGCUUUUCCUGAUGAACCUGGGAAAGCCCAAAAACCUGCAGGAGCUGGAGCCGGACAGCUGGGAAUACUGGAAACGCCUGAGGAAGGAAAACAUAUGGCGCUUCAACAGAUUACAUAAAGGAAAGAAACUCUAGGCUCUCUCUCUCUCAGCUGGACCUGCAGAGCUGUGUUUAGACUCCACGGACUAAAUCAUCAGACUCGGUGGACUUUCCUAACCUGCCUCAACCAAAUGAAACACCAUUAAACCGACUACUACACAAACAUUGUACAUUGUCAAACAUAAAACAGUGAACAUGUGGUAACAGUCGUUGCAAGAUGAGCCUGAUCGAUGACUGAUCAAUCUGUGUAUUGGAUGUGAUCGUUGUUGCUAAGACAAUUUGAUGUGGUGCUCAUGUGUUAUGCCUCAGUUUUACAGGGAAAAAAAAUGACAAAGCAGUUUGUAUAGUUGCAGAAAAGCCAUUCCCAUCCGUGUGUUAUCAUAAAUAAAAACGAAUAAAAAACCUCCAAA